CGGCGACAAACGGCCGUUAUCAGUCAACCCUGCCUGACCGUCGUCGUUUUGAGCAUGUUGUUGGUGUUUAGCCUCUUUCUGAGCUUGCAUCGCCUGCAGCAGCUGCUCCAGCUCCUUGACGAAGAAGAGGGCAUGAGAGAGCGAAGCAAGGCGAGGUAUUCGUUCAUCUGUUUCCUCCGGUUGCGCUCCACCGCGAUGUGAGUCAUCC